AUGCACACAACUUACCAGACCGUGUUCCGUCUAAAAAUCUUUGUUUUUCGCCUCCUUCAAGUUUUGGGAAUAUUUCCCCUAACAUUCGACUCCAAACGCAAGCGAUUCUACCAGUCCCGAUGGAACCUGCUGAUGUCUAUUGUGCAAACCAUAUUUGUCGUUUUUUUCCUACCAAUUCCUUACUACAUUCUGAUCACAAUGGUCUACAACAUCACGUCAGUUCUAAGCAAUACGAUGGUGAUCUUGGAAUUGGCUAUAAACUAUUUAGUGCUGUUCUCGUUCUGCCUGAAAAUGUUGCUGGAAAGAGGAAAUGUGGUAGAAAUUUUCAAUCUUUUCGCGAAAAUUUUUUUCAGUGUUUAUUCUGAAACGGAUUGCAUUGAUGAAAACCUUCUCAAAAAAUACCUUCGAAAGGUCAUUUUAGUGGAUUACGUAUUAUUUCCCAUAACGUUUGGCAUGUAUAUUCCAUUCAGUAUAGGGAUGGAAUUCAGUUACCUUGCCUCGUGGAUACUGAAUAGCUACUCCGUAAUGUUUAUAUUGAUGAUUAGCAAUCUGUUUCAAUCCACCACUAUUGUAACCUCAAUACUGUACCAAAAACUUAACAGUAGAGUGACUGCAGUAGUCCGCACUCUUCACCAACUCAACGAAAAAGAACUUCUCGGGAGUCGGAGCCAUCUAACCAAAGCGAAAAUAUUCUACAAGAUGAGCUCGGAAUUAAAUCAUCUUUGUUACCUACAUCGGAUGACAACAGAAGCUGUUGAACAGAUGACCAGAAUUUUGAGUUUGCCGUUGAUGAUUACUACGUUGUUUCAAUUCUUCGUAGUGUUGACUGAGGCUUACUACAACUACAUCUACCUUAUGAACAGCUUGUUAAUCCAAAAUGCCUCUUAUGGCCAGGCACUUAGUUCGACACUCUUCAUGUUGAUGUGCUUACUGCAGUUCUACUACUCAAUAUGGUUUAGUGCUCAUAUGACAAAAACGGCGGAAACGACGGCAUUACUACUGAAUGAAUUUUUCUUUUGCGAUGUUGGCCCUUGCGUUGAACAGAGUAUCGAAACUUUCACCCUGGAAAUGUUGCACCGAGACUAUCGAGUAAGGUUGUACGACUGUUUUGCGGUGGAUUUUACUCUCGCAUAUUCAGCUGCUGCAACCAUGACUAGUUAUCUCAUUUUACUAGUUCAGUUCGGAUUGAUGAACUACUAGCCCGUGAUUGGUAAUUCUUAAAAACUAAACUCACCAGGAUACAGUAUGACUGACGAGACAACAUACAGUUGGAGUGAUUUAACCGAAAAUCAAAUUGAAAGCAGGUUUUACAGCUUAAGUUAUCAAGCACAUAAACGAUAAAACUACA